CCUGUCUGCUCUCUGGCAGGCAGCAUAUUUGAGACUCAAAUCCCUGGAGGUCCUAAGGUGACCUUCCAUUCUAAAGUGUAUAUGGCUUCAGUGCAGAAAGCAGGGUCCCACGUAUGCAGGGAUAACCUUGUGCACCCUCAGUGGGUGUUCACUGCUGCUCACUGCCUUUUUGGGCUGUGGGACUCGGGCCUCACCUUCCACAUCAGCGCAGCCAUUCCAUACCCCGGCGACAACCCCAACUACAAGAACAACCUGCACUGCUCUACAGCCAGCCAAAAUGCCCACUGCAGCACUUUGGGCUGGGGACUGACAGGCCAGGAUGGACACCCAACCCUGAGGCUGUGGAAGUGGGAUCUGCACAUGCUGGACACAUGCGUGACAGCCACUUCUGCAUCGAGCCUCACAGAUAGCAUGAUGUGUCUGAAGGCCACAGCCCCUGGCCAGGUACCAUGCAAGGGUGACUCCUGAGGACUCCUGGUGUGUGGGAAAGACCAGGUGAAUUGGAUCCUGCUUUUCAGCUGACUGCUCUCAGGUAGCAGGUGCUGGGAGCCAUAUGACCAGCAGGGGGUGCCUGCACCUACUGAGGCUCUAUCACAAGAAGUAGGGGGAUGAGAGGCCCAGAAUGUUCCUAACUUCUGUUUUAAUGACACCUCAACACACCCAGGUAAAGUGUCAUUUCAGCAGGUGUAAGCACAAGACCAAGCAAGCCUUGUCUCUAUCUAGUUCUAGACUAUUCCACCACCCCGAAAGGAAACCACAUCCCCAUGCCACAUGACAGACCUGUCUCAAAAAAAAUAGAGCUGGGCAUGGUGGUGCAUACCUUUAAUUCUUGCACUUGGAAGGCAGAGGCAGGCAGACCUCUGUAAGAUGGAGGCCGGCCUGGUCUCGUAUAGCCCAGACUAGACUCCAACUCCCUAUGUAGCUGAGGAUGACCUUGAACUCCUGAUCUUCCUGCCUCUACCUCCCAAGUGCUGGGGUGUCAGGCAUGCAUCACCACACUCCGGUUAACCCAGGGCUUCCUUCUUCCUGGGUGACAGUCAUGGCCCCAAUAAAUUUCUUUCACAAAAAAACAUAGCUUUGUAACCAGUAGAAAUU